AUGCGACGAUCUUAGCUUGACUGGCUGCUUGGCAACGCUCUCUCGUCUGUGUUUAUCAGCCGUUUAGUCUGAUCAACGAUAACAGAUUAAUCAUGUUAAACACCGCAUUAAGCUCAUUCGGUGCUCAGGUCGUGCUAGCAGCGUCCAGCGAUGAGAAUCAUCUACCAGAAAACAUGAUUGAUGGAAAUACAGAGACGUUCUGGAUGUCGACCGGGAUGUUUCCACAAGAGUUCAUCAUCCGUUUCCCAGAUAACAUGAAAAUAUCAGUGAUAUCCGUACACAGUUUUAACGUAAAACGCUUAAGGAUAGAAAAAAGCACACAAGCAGAAGCUGAGAAAUUUGAGGUCAUGACAGAGACAGAGUUUGAACAAACAGAGGGAAGUCUACAAACAAAUGAAAUAGCACUGGAUGGCACCAAUGUGACACAUCUGAGGUUUCUCAUCCUGUCUGGAUAUGAUCAUUUUGUCUCAGUGCACAAAGUGGGGAUACAGGCAUAAGAAUGAAUUUUGCUCAGGAUUUGUAAAGUAUUUUAUAUUAUGUACAGCAAUCACUUUUCUAAACAAAAACAAUCUUACUAGAUUUGUGCAUUAAAGCAACCUGUCAAACAUGUCAGAAAAUCAGACUAUGAGUGUUAAGACUCACUUAAAGAUAAUCCCAACAUUUUUAGCACUGUAGGAUUCAAUAAGUAGAAUCUCUUUAUUAGUCUUACACUAGGAUUAUUGUACCCCAAAAAACCCCCACACAUUUAAUGACUUGACAUUAAAAAGCAGCUCAAUAAUGCCAUAUUUUAUACAUUAUAAUUAGCUUACUAUACAAUUUGCAUAAUUCUUUUUACAAAAAUGUCAAAAUCUAAAGAAAUAAAGCUAGAGAAUACUCAGCUGAGGGUUGCAACCUUUUUACUGUUCAUAUCAGGAGGAAAAAGAAAAACAGUCACAGUGACAAACAAGACUGUUCUCUCUUCACAUUCACCAAAGAAAUCAUGGUGUGUAACUGUGAAACUUCACAUCCUGAAGAUGCCAAAGCGAGUCUUCUGCGUGGAGGCGUUGAGAGCGGCACUUAAACUGAGUCCUAAGACGAGGCGCGUGUCAGCAGGAUCGAUGAUUCCAUCAUCCCAAAGUCUGAUUGUAGAAACACCGGAUAAAAAACAUUUUGAAUCUUAGAACAUGAUAUAAUGUGAGCUUAACAUUAAGAUGUGAAGAUGCAUUUCCAUAUAAAAAUGUAUCCAAAUACUGCA